AUGGGUCUUGUAGAAGCUGCCCCUGACGAGGUUGCCAAUGAAGCCUCCUCGGCCGACCUGGAACAGAUUCGAAACUGGAACCAAGGCGUUCCUCCCGCAAUCGAAGCCUGCGUACACCACCUAGUUGAGGGAAAAGUCCGCGACCAGCCUAAUGCUGAAGCGGUCCGCUCAAGAGAGGGUGCACUAACCUAUGGGGAUUUGGACUCCUAUGCAAACGGACUUGCAAGUCAUCUAGUCCAUCAUGGCAUCAAGCCAGAGGACAUCGUCCCAGUAUGCUUCGAAAAGUCUAUGUGGACCGUCGUUGCCAUGCUUGCGGUCUUGAAAGCUGGCGCGGCUUUCGUGCCUAUUCCCUGUUCCCCUGUGCAGAGGGUCAAGACCAUCCUCUCCCUGAUCAGGCCCUCCGUCAUCCUCACAUCCACUCAGCAAGCGGCAGUAUUUGCUAAUAUGAGCGAACAUGUUAUUGUAGUAGGGCAAACUUGCUGUGACGAGAUUGGGGCGGCCAAACGUGAGCCUCUCCGGGUGGAUGUGAGGCCAAAUAAUCUGGCAUAUGUCCUUUUUACAUCUGGUAGCACAGGCAUUCCGAAGGGAGCGCAAAUCGAGCAUAGUCAACUUUGCACCCACUUGAAGACAUGGGGUGACACCGCAGGUUUUGAUCGUACAUCCAGAGUGUUCCAAUUUGGUGCCCACGUGUUUGACGCAGUCAUCGAUGAGGUGUUCUUACCGCUGAUAUAUGGUGGUACUAUAUGUAUCCCCUCGGAUGAUGACCGUAUGAAUAAUAUCGCUGGUACCAUGAGAGACAUGCGGGUCACGUAUGCUUUAUUCACGCCAUCUCUGCUUUCCACGCUGCGCCCCGAGGAUUUUGACCUUGCUUCACUAAAGACAUUAGUCAUUGCUGGAGAGCUACCUCCCCAGGACUUGCUUACUCUUUGGGCGAACGUUCCAGACUUGCAGGUUUUCAACGCGUAUGGGCCCACGGAAUGCUGCGUCAUAUGCUGUGCCGCCAACAUCACGCGAAACGGACCCCGUGCACGGAACAUAGGCAGAGCAAUCGGUGAUAUACUGUGGAUUGUAGACGCUUCAGACAUCAAUAAGCUGGCCCCAGUUGGUGCCGUUGGCGAGCUGCUGAUCGAAGGGCCCACGGUGGGCAGAGGAUAUAUUGGCGCCGAUGAGAAAUCAGCGAUGGCUUUCAUACAGGCUCCAUCAUGGCUGCAGGAUCUUCGCAAUUGCAAUAUCCAGAGAGUUUACAGGACUGGAGAUCUCGUCAGAUACGGCAAAGACGGCACGAUCGAGUUUGUCGAACGCAAAGAUAAACAGGUCAAGCUACGAGGGCAAAGGAUGGAGUUGGGUGAAGUGGAACACCAACUAAGACGCGCACUUCCUCCAAGAACAGCAGCAAUCGCCGAUAUCAUCUCGACGGAGAGCAGUAGAGGCGAGCCAAUGCUCGUCGCUUUCAUUUGUCUCGGAGGCGAUAAGGGUAUCAACAAGUCUGGGAGCAGGUCUGGUCGUCUGGUUACAGAUCCUGCUAUCAAGCAGCAAGUCAGUGAUCUUAUCGCCAGCCUGAACGCGCAACUGUCAGAUGUCUUGCCGUCAUACAUGAUUCCUUCGGUGUUUGUGGCCAUGGAGUCAAUGCCACACCUUGACUCUUCUAAGAUUGACAGGGCAGGACUCCGCCAGAUAUUCAUAACGUCCUUUUCUCCGCCUACCAAAGGUGUGAUUGCAGACCGUGCUUAUGAGUCGCAACAUCCACCAAUGACAGAUACGGAGGAACGGCUUCAACAAAUCUGGACAGAAGCGUUCAGAGUGGCACCAUCUCGCAUAGGCCUCGAGGACCACUUCUUCCAACUUGGCGGUGAUUCUGUAACUGCAAUCCGCCUGGUAGCGAUUGCUCGCCGUGCAGGGCUUUUCCUGACCGUGCAUAUGCUUUUCGAACACCCCACAAUUGCCGAACUCGCUGCUGCAGUCCAGCCGAGUGUCAGCGCAGUUCAAAAGGAAUGGAUGCCUGAACCCUAUACUCUACUCCAAGAGGAAGUUUCUUCGAUCAUGGAUCUCCAAACAGAAGCAGCCACACAAUGUAGCGUCGCCCUCGACAUGAUCCAAGACAUCUACCCCCUACCGCAACAAAAUGAAACAUACAUGACCGCUCCCGAACUCAGAGCCGCGAUAACAUUCCCCCUCCCACCAGGAACUGAUCUGGAACGAUAUCUGGACUGCUGGAAACGCAUCAUCACAUCGCAUGAUAUACUGCGUACUCGCGUAAUUAAGACGGCAGUGGGCAUGUACUCCGUCGUCACGACCGCAACUCUUAACAUCCGGACAGCCACAGACCUUGACGCUUUCAUCGUAGAAGAAAAGAAAGCUAUCGUCGGUUUCGGAAAUGCGCUGAGCGCAUAUUGUCUCAUCAAAGACCCCAACGAUGAACACAAGACAUGUUUCGUCUGGACAGCCCAUCACAUAAUCUACGACGGAUGGUCCCUCGGCUUGAUCAACGCGAAGCUACGCCGCGCCUAUACCGACUCCAACUUCACUAACGCAGAGGAGCCUAACCCGAAACAGCUCGUCCAACAUUUCCAAACCCUCGACCGCACAGCCAUAUACGACUAUUGGCGCUCUCACUACGCCGGCGUCACAUUCAAGCCUCUAUUCCAAUCACCAAAUGGACGGUACUGGGAAGCAGACCAGAAGUUACCUCUCCGGAUCAACUUCGCCUCAACCGGCGCAGCCAAAGGCUCAGCAUUCACCAUCCCAGAUAUAAUCUCGGUGGCGUGGGUACUCGCGCUAUCACGGCAUUUCGAAGCGGCUGACAUAGCUCUCGGGAUCAUGCGCUCAGGUCGCACCCUCCCAGUUGAAGGUAUCGAGAACUACAUCGGAGCUCUGAUCAACCAGCCACCGUGGCCCGUGCACAUUGAUGAGGCCGCCCUUACUCACGAUUUCGUUCGUAAUUUCCAGCGUGACAUCUGGGAAUCCAGCAAAUACGAAGCCAUCGGCUGGCUUGAGAUUAAGACCUUGAGUCCUGAGGCGGCGACAGCGAUUUCGAAUUAUGUAUGGCUCAACAUCCAGGCGAAGGAUAUAGAGGCGGAGGAAAAAGAGAGGAUCGAGGAGAAUGAGUUGCCGGCACCGUUGGAGCAACAAUUCUACCGCAUCUGGCACCCGCUGAUGUUGGAAUGUGAGAUUGACAAGCAGGGGGUGAGUGCGGUGGCUUAUCACGACAGGAGCGUUGAACCCGGGGUCGUCCAAGAGAUCAUGACUGCGUUCGAGAAGGCGUUCAUGGACCUGAGUAAUGCGAAGGAGGGGCAGAAAAUUUGUGAUAUUGCCAGCGAGUGA